AUGUCACGUGGACCAAAAGUCUAUUUAACACGACGAGAAACAUUUUCCGCAUCUCAUCGUCUUCAUUCCGUGCAUUUAUCAGAGAAUGAUAAUACUCAGAUAUAUAGCAAAUGCAAUAAUCCUAAUGGACAUGGUCAUAAUUAUGUACUUGAAGUAACUGUUGUUGGUCAUAUUGAUUCUAAUACAGGCAUGGUUAUGAAUAUAAGUGAUCUUAAAACUUUAAUUCAAAUGCAUGUACUUGAUUUGGUUGAUCAUAAAAAUUUAGAUUUAGAUGUCGAAUAUUUUCGUAGUAAAAAACUUGUUAGUACAACUGAAAAUCUUAUUGUAUUUAUUUGGCAACAAUUAUUUUCAACAAUUGAACAUUAUAAUAAUAAUAAUAGUGCUCAAUUAUAUGAAAUUAAAAUAUAUGAAACAGAAAAAAAUAUUGUUGUAUAUCGUGGAGAAUGA